AUGUGGGAUCUUUCCUCUCCAACAGCAUGGUGGGCCUUGAAGACAUUGAACAUGUCCAUGAGUGAUGCUGGAGUGUUGAGGAAGCUUCAAAUGAAUGAGUUGGAAGAGUUGAGGAAUGAUGCCUACGAGAGUUCACGGAUUUACAAGGAGAAGACUAAGGCUUAUCAUGAUAAAAUGCUUUGUGGCAAGGCCUUUGUUGUGGGACAAAAAGUCCUAUUGUUUCACUCUCGACUUAAACUCUUUCCUGGUAAACUUAAAUCUCGUUGGAUUAGACCUUUUGUUGUUACUCACGUUUUUCCUCAUGGUGCCAUACAGAUUAGAAGUGAAGCAACAGGCAACGAGUUUAAGGUGAAUGGUCAUCGCUUGAAGCCAUAUUAUGAGCCGUUUUGGGAGACAACUGUGGAGGAAGAUGACCUUCACAUUGCGCCACCUCCUAUGGAAUAA